UCUGAGACACAUCUAACAAAAAUGGCGUCCUCCCAGUCAGUUGGAGAAGGUCAAGUUCCUGUUAAUUGUAAAUUAUGUGAAACAAAUAGACCAAUUCAGUGGAAAUGCAUGGACUGCAGUAUUCUGAUGUGUGGUCAUUGCACCGACAAAGUACAUUCAAAAUUCAAAAAUGCAAAUGAUCACAAGAUUAUCAGUUUAAAAGAUGUAGGGAUGCAUAGGGAAGAGAUGGAUUUUACUAACAUUAAAUGUCUGGAACACACUGAACAAUUGUCAUGUCUUUACUGUAGUAAAUGUGAAAUCCUUGUGUGUCCAACCUGUAUUACCAAAGUUCAUAAGAAGCAUCAUUUAAUCGAAAUAAGUGAUGCAUACAAAAUCAAAGUAAAAAUAUUGAAAAAAGGACAAAGUAAAAUGCAGAAGAGUAAUUCUAAAAUGAAUGUGAAGAAAGACCAGCUCAAUAAACUAGUGUCAGCAGAAAAUAUAAAGUAUAACAAAGAAAAACAAAAUAUUCUAAGUCAUGAGAAAACCGUAAAAGAGCAAGUAGAACAAUAUUUUAAAGAACUCCAAAAAAAAUUGGAACAGAAUCAUGAAACUGUUUUAAUAUCAGUCAAAUCUGAUCUUAAUGCUAUAUCAUUAUUCACAAACCAGAAGGAGGACAAAAUUACUGAAGUCCAGGACUGUAUUGACAUUUCCAAUGCUUCUGAGUUCUUCAAAGAGGUCAAGAAGAUGGAAAAAUUCACUGAAACCCAAGAACCACGAACCAAGUCUAGCUAUAGUUCUUCACCAAAAUUUGUUCCAGGGAAUAUUAACCAAUCAAACAUUGGAUCAUUACAAGAUGAUGGAAACUUGUCAACAGAAAUAAACAUCUCCUUAGUCAUCAAUAAUGAGUAUCAGACUGAACUUGAUGUAAUAACAUUUGUAAGACCAUGCCUUGACCAGUCAAUUUGGAUAAGUUCCGGUUCUUUUGGAGUGUUACAGAGAGUAAAACCUGAAGGAACCAAUCUAAACGUGAUGUCUAAAUUUAACAUUGAAUUGUAUGGAAUGGCAGUUACCCCAUCUAAUCAACUCCUUCUGAGUGUUUUAGGGGAAACAAGGUUACAACAAAUCAGCAGUACUGGUACCCUGACUGAUUCUGUUUAUGAUGUAAAACCUUUCUAUCCCAUUGCCAUCCAUGUUGUCAGUGACAAUAAACUUAUAGUAGGAGCUUAUAAUCCUGAACUAAAAAGAAGUGCUGUGAUCAUUAUGGACAAGAAAGGAGACAAGAAGGCUGUAUAUGAACAUGAUAAACAUAAUCAACCGUUAUUUAUUCACCCUUGGCGUAUAACAUGUACCAGUAAUGGAAAUAUACAUGUAGUGGAUAGAAUUUCACAUGACUGUGGUGAAGUAGUGGUCUUGGGAAAAGUUGGACAUAUAAUAAACAAGUAUACAGGUAAUUCAACCAUCAACAACAGAAUCUUUCCACGACAAAUUGCAACAACACCAAGUGACAAUGUAGUUGUGAUGGCUACCGAAAGCUUGCACUUCCUCAAUGACAAUGGUCAUUUUAUUUCACAUUUCAAUAUGAAAAAAGUAGAAAUAAAAAUUCCAGGGUCCCAUGCAUUCAACACAGCUGGACAACUUUAUAUAGGAUGUGGUAAGGCUGCAGGUAGUAAAACUAAAGAAGCAAAGCUAUAUAAGAUAGACAUUGAAGGAUUCUAAAACAUUCAAACUUUUAUGGAACAGAAAAGUGCGAAAUAGUAUUAGGUAAUCAAUAUUCAUGUCACAUGACAACUGGACUAAUGAUGUACAAUAGAAUAUAGGUGUAAUACCACCAUUGAUUUUCCCCUAUUAGUCUUUGUUAAAUUUGCACUUUUCAAAAAAUUGUGCAGAAUUUAUCUUUGUUUCAAAUAAAGAAAUACUUGGCAUGAGUCAAGUUUUAUCCUGUCCAGUACUAUAGAAAAAAUUUCACAUAACAUUUCAUUGCAUAUAAGAAAAUAACCAUCACUGGGAGUUAACCAAUCAAAUUUCCCCCCUUUUUUAACCUGUGUACAAGCUUUAGUAACCAUGUAACCUCAAGUUUCCAAAAUAUUCUAUAGAAACCCCAAAUAAAAAAUUAAUUGUGCUUUGAAAUACCCAAGAUAUAUGUUUAUGACCCAGAAAUGUUUUACUGCAAUGAAAUGUAGGAUCAAUUACCUACAACUGUCAAAUUCAAGGGAAUAUUUUUUUUCGACCUAUUUUCGUAUGCAACCGGAUGUGACGUACUAUGAUUUGGUGGUAUUACACCUAAAGAAGACUUUUUUGUUAAAUAAACUGAAUGUGACUUUUUUCCUUUGUAAUACUGGUCAUUUCAAGCAUUCCUGUCAAGUUUUGUCAUAAUCAGUUCAACAGUUUGAGAAAAAUCUAGUAUA